AUGUCGGGUUCAUUUGGCCUCGCGGCCAUCAUUGGUCCAUUCUUGGGCGGCGCCUUAACAGAUCGUGCCACGUGGAGAUGGUGCUUUGGUAUUAACCUACCGAUCGGCGCAAUCACGGUAGUAGUUUGUGCUAUAUACGUUCGCAUACCCUCCGAAUCGGCAGAAAUAUCCGUCUCCACCAGGACCAAGCUGAGCCAAGUUGAUGUCCCCGGGACCGUCUUCAUGGUUGCGUCGUUGAUAUGCCUCCUGAUAGCACUCCAGUGGGGCGGUUCGGCCUAUUCUUGGAGUGACAGCCGGAUAAUUGCACUUUUCGUUGUCUUCGGGGUUCUCGCAAUAGCCUUCAUCAUCACGCAGACCACUUCAAUUACGGGAGCAAAGAGACUCAUUUCUUCUGCCUUAGCUCGGAAGCGCGACAUUUGGCUUGCAGUCAACUACGCUAUGUGCGUGACAGGCGGCGUUUACGUGGUCGUACUCUAUCUCCCAGUGUGGUUCCAUGAUACCCUCGGCUACUCAUCACUUGCGUCUGGGACCUUGUUAACGCCUUUGAUCGCCAGCUACGUUGUGUCCUCAAUCGUUGCCGGUGUCUUCACUAGCGCCAUUGGUUACUACAAUCCUGGAAUGAUCAUCGGUACGGCCCUUGCAAUAGCUGGAGCUACGCUGCUGACAACUAUUGAUCUCAAAACCUCGAUAGCUAGGAUAGUUGGCUAUCAGAUUCUUUAUGGAUUUGGCAUCGGCUUUGGAUUUGGUCAACCAAGUUACGUUGUUCAGACAGUCCUCCCUACUGUUGAAGUACCCAUCGGCGUGACAUUAGUCACAUUAUUUCAAAACCUCAGCGCAUCAAUAUUCGUGGCUGCGGCACAAAGCAUCUUUCAGGGCGAAUUGCGAUCACGGUUUGGCUCUUUGUCACCGGGCUCAAACGCUUCAUUUCUCAACUCGGGUGCUAUUGAGUUGAUAUAUUCUCUUCCCCCUGAAGCUCAACAAGAGGCAAAAGAGGCCUAUAGCAAGUCGCUGACACUGACGUUCUAUAUUUCUCUCGCAUUGAGUGCUGCAUCUAUUGUCGGAGCCCUAAGCAUCGGAUGGGUUUCAAUGAAGAGUAGUCACAAUCAGGUCCAACGCGAAGAAGAAAGCUAG